CGGCUCACCCGCUUCCAUCCAUUUCCCCGGAAUCCAUCAUCCACUCGCUGCUCCCACGCCCCACCUCCUCCUACUCCCCAGUUCCCACACAUCUCGCCGCCGCCGCCGCCCCGUGAUCUCCGCCGCAAAAUCGUGCCCCCAGCCCCCAACCGACCUCUUGACCAGCCAUCGAACCCCAUGAAGGCGUCGAUCAAGUUCCGCGACGACGACCUGCCGCUCAUGCGGGCCAAGGUGCCCAUCGGCGUGCUCGGGCUGCCCUUCCAGACCGGCCUCUCCGCCGGCGGCGACCCGCGGGAGCUCCGCUUCGACCUCUCCACCGCCUUCUCAUCCGGCCCGGCACUCCGCCUCUCGUACCGCCCCAACGACCCUGCCGUCCCCUUCGCGCUCUCCGUCCGCGCCGGCGUCGGCGCCCUCGGCUCCCCCGCCCGCGCGCCCUUCUCCCUCGCCGCGGAAUUCAACCUCCUCUCGGCCAGCAGCUCCGGAUCCCCCGCCUUCUUCCUCCUCCUCAAGCCCCGUCUCGGCGACUUCUCGCUCUCCCACACCCUCCGCUCAAGCUCAAUCCCUCCUCCCCGCACUGUCGGGGAGGCCUCCGACAGCGAUGGGCUAGGGCCACGGGCCGCGCUGGAGUACAAGGCGUUCUCGUCGAGCGGGAACGGGUUCGCGGCGGAUGUCGCGGCGGCGGGGAGGAGCGGCGCCGGCGGGCUGCUGUCCGGGAUGCGGCUGGCCACGAGCAGCGCGCUCCCGCUCUGGGGCAGGGCGGCCAUGCGGUUCAGCUGGGGCAUCCGCGCGCCGCCGGGGCUUCUCGCGGUCGACGGCCGCUCCAAGGACGCCCGCUCGCCCGUCAGCAGGAUGCCGCUGCUGGUCAUCAACAAGAUCUGCAUCGAGCAGUCGCCACGGACCGACACCGACACGGGCAAGGAAGACAAGAAGAAGAGUAGCAGAGCAGAGGCCUCGCCUCCCGCCGCCACGGACGCGUCGGAGGGCGACGGCGAGGGGUUCUCGCUGAUGAGGCGGCAGCUGGAGGCGAUGAGCGCGGAGAGCGGGAUGCUCCGCCGCGCCGUGGAGGACCUGCGCGCCGAGGUUGGGCGCGGCAGGGCCGGGGGCGAGGCCAGGAGGGCGGCGCAGCCGCAUCACGCGCUCUCCGUGAAGUCGGAUCGCCGGGGCAGUGGGAAGGAGCUGACAGCGGCGGAGAAAGCGGCGAUUCCUGCGUCGGAUGAGGUGGGCGGGGAGCUGAAGAGGGCGUUGGAGGCGCGCCUGAGAUGAGCGCCGCUCAAGUUUCAAAAGCUGAUCUCAUUGUUUGACUGCUGCUUGCGUUUGAUUCUGGGGAUCGGUGGAACUGAAUUUUGUUCUCUAGCAUUUGUCCCUCGAAAGGGAAAUCAGUACUCCACUGCUACCAUUUGUGAACAACAGUUCUGAAUCUAUAUACUGUAAUUUAGUCAGACCACGCAACGAGAAGAGGCUCCCGAAUAAAAGAACCAGUAAUUUUGUAGGA